CGAUUUUACAUCUCCUCCUUUCCACAAGCUCGGAAGACUCAUCAAUGGCGAACACAACGCUCUCCUCCUUGCUAUUCCUCUCGAUGGCAUCGGCUCUUUUCCUCCUCACCCUCCUCCGGAUCCUCAGGAGCAAGAAGCAGCAGCGCCGCCUCCGCCUCCCGCCGAGCCCGCCGUCCCUCCCCGUCAUCGGCCACCUCCACCUCUUCAAGAAGCCGCUCCACCGCGCUCUGUCCGGCCUCGCGGCGACGCACGGCCCGGUGCUCCUCCUCCACUUCGGCUCCCGCGCCGUGCUCCACGUCACCGACCCCGCGGUCGCCGAGGAGUGCCUGACUGACCACGACGUCACCUUCGCCAACCGCCCCCGGCUCCCCUCUUCGUGCCACCUCUCCAACGGCUACACCACGCUGGGGUCUUCCAGCUACGGGCCCAACUGGCGCAACCUCCGCCGCAUUGCCACCGUCGAGGUAUUCUCGGCGCACCGCCUCCUGCGCUCCGCCGACGUCCGCGGUGGCGAGGUCCCGCACAUGGCGCGGUGGCUUUACCUGGCUGCCCCCGCGGCCGGGCCUUCCGAGCCAGCGCGCGCCGACGUGAAGGCGCGGGCGUUCGAGCUCGUGCUGAACGUCGUGGCGCGGAUGGUCGCCGGGAAGCAGUACUACGGCGGCGAGGGCGACGCGGAGGCGGAGACCGAGGAGGCGGCGAGGUUCAGGGAGAUGGUGCGGGAGUACUUCGCGAUGCACGGUGCGUCAAACCUGCAGGACUUCGUGCUGUUGCUUGGUCUCGUGGACAUCGGCGGCGCCAAGCGGCGGGCAGUGAAGCUGUCCAGGGAGCGCAACACGUGGGCUCAGAGGCUCAUCGACGAGCACCGCGCCACCGCCACCGCAGCCGCCGCGACGGAGGCGAGGACGAUGGUCGGCGACCUGCUUAAGAUGCAGGCGUCGGAGCCGGAGGCGUACAGCGAUAAGGUCAUCACAGCGCUCUGCCUGUCCAUCUUGCAGACUGGAACGGACACAUCGUCGAGCACCAUCGAGUGGGGCAUGGCGCUGCUGCUCAACCACCCGGCGGCAAUGGCGAAGGCCAGGGCGGAGAUCGACCGCUUCGUCGGCACGGGCCGCGUCGUGGAGGAGGCCGACCUGCCGAACCUCCCCUACCUCCAGUGCAUCAUCAGGGAGAACCUCCGCCUCUACCCCGUCGGCCCGCUGCUGGCACCGCACGAGUCCUCCGCUGACUGCUCCGUCUCCGUCGCCGGCGGCGGCCGCUACGCCGUCCCAGCGGGCACCAUGCUGCUGGUGAACGUGCACGCCAUGCACCGGGACGCGCGCUUCUGGGGGCCGGAUCCGGAGAGUUUCUCGCCGGAGAGGUUCGAAGGCGGGAGGAGCGAGGGGAAGUGGAUGCUCCCGUUCGGGAUGGGCCGGCGGCGGUGCCCCGGGGAGGGCCUCGCCGUGAAGGUCGUCGGCCUCGCGCUCGCCACGCUUGUGCAGUGCUUCGAGUGGAGAAGGGUCGGUGACGAGGAGGUUGACAUGACUGAAGGGUCAGGGUUGACCAUGCCCAAGGCUGUUCCCUUGGAGGCCUUAUAUUGGCCUCGUCCAGAGAUGGUGCCAGCCCUAAGUGGAAUUUUUUUUAUUUAUAAUUUUUUUUAUUAAAAGUUUUACAAAAAUAAUUUUCCAUUUUGAAAAUUAACGGAAGUAGUCGCCUACCAAAUCGCCCUCCCAGAGAGCGGCGAAAAUGAC